UGAACAUUGUCACUCCGAUGAAGAAUGGGAAGAGAGAUGAGUCUAACAACUGGUCUAUCAGGCAGGAAAAGGUUGGUGACGAUGAUAUCUUUUCCGUUGACAUCCAGGCAGCAAAGGUCUUCGAAAACGAGAUCCACCAUGUGAAAUGUGGCGUGGACAACUACACCGGCGACACAAUCCGCAACGAGAAGGGAUGCCACCGCUUUCUCAAUGGAGUUGUUGGACACAUUACGGGCAAGAUUAAGAAGUCGCAUCAAAACGCAAACAAAGCUCCCACGCAGAUGGCCAAGUACGUUUCGAAACGGUUCUCAACGUACACAAUGUGGACCAAUGUCGAGCGUCUCACAAAGACCACCAAGGCUGAAGACAAGCUGUUCAACAAUCUCAAGAACAGCCUUGUGACGAAAGGAUACAGCGACGGAAACUGCUUCGUUCGAUGUGGAACAGGAGGUUCAUUCUAUGACACAGGCCUCGGUCCCAUUUCCAGGCACGAAAAGAGCCUAGCAUGCCAGACGGUAUGCUACGAUCCGAUUAAAGAUCGCUACGAACGCCUGUACGGCUUUGGCUCCGAGAAGCCCGCAGAACUCUCACCCUGGUCCCUGAACGAACAGGUAAUCAACGACGUUUCCUACCGCGCAUACCAAGACAACUUCCGGCCUGGCAUUGUGAACCUGAAUCCCUAUGUUCCCGUUAUCCAAGACGAAGCGCCUAUCCUGCCCGUCUGCGUUUCGGAACUUGAGUACAACAAAAACGGCCUUGUUUGCAGCUGUGGAAACAAGUACGGCGACAUGACAGAGUUCUUCGCCAACUCGAUCAACUUGAGAUCGGCGUAUGGAAACAAGCAGUCUGAAUGGAAGGCUAUCAGGAGUUGUCUUGAUCGCAUCAAGCCAUAUGCUUACCACCAACCGGCUGUCUACUUGCUCAAUGCCUGCCACGUCAUUUACACUAUUGUAACUCCUCCCGGAACCGGCUCUGUUCAAGAAUCCCACGACCUGGGCCAUUACGGUCACAAUCUGCGCGGCUGCCGCAUAUACUGGGACUUUUACCGACGCAACACGCAUCUUUCAGACGCACAGUUGGAUGAUGAGAUGUGCAAGCUGUGGGCUCAAAAUGCGAAGGACUUUGACAGGGGGCCCAACCACAAGCAUCCUGACUUCAGCUACGUCAAUGACUUGCUCGAGGACAAGGCAUGUGACAGCUACAAGCGGCGUUGAUGGGACACAGGGAGUGGUUGGGGAUAGAUGUGGAGCCGACGGGGGGACCGGAGCGGUUGAGAACAGAAUGGGUAGAGUAGGCAAGAUGAAUACGUGCGAGACGGUCUUAGUGUUACUACUUGUUGGAAAGUGUAUAUAUCCAAUCGAUGCAUUGCAGAAGUGGUCGAUUGCUUUUGUAUUUCCAACACUACACUCAUCC